CAGCUGAUGGAUUUUGAAAAAUUCUGAAUUUUUCUCUGUAUUUCUGAAAUGUUGAUGAAAUGUACAAUCUUUUAGUAUAUUUUGGUAAUGUAGUUCACAAGAAUACAUUGAACAUGAAAACGAAGCUGUGAAAUAAAAAAUAUUAAGCCUAUCUAUCUUUGACGAGUGAUUCAAAACUAUGUGACUGUGAAAAUAUGUCAUGUUAUGUUUUGGUUCGAAGUUCAUCGACCUGAACUUGCUGAAGAAGAAGAGGUUUCAUUACACGUGAUACUGUUAGUUGAAACUACUAUUUCUACUGUAUUUGGCUUUGAUAUCGGAAAAGAACGGAAGAUGGAAGGUCCAUGUAAUAUGGAUCCCUCGAGGGGUUAUUACAGAUUUUUAAUCCUAUUUUUCAACUGUAUGCUGACAUUUGGAAGUUAUUUCUGUUUUGACAUGCCUAGUGUUUUGCAGGAUGAUUUCACCAGUAGUGAGAAUUGUACCAACUUUACUACUGGAAAUACAAGCCAUGACAUAUGUGUCUGUGAAGGUUGUCUGGGAAUGUCAGAUGAUGACUACAACUUGCUGUAUGCCAUUUAUGCUUGGACAAAUGCCAUUGUAGUUAUUGGUGCUGGAUUUUUGAUUGACAAGCUAGGAAAUAGAUUGGGCGUGUUCCUCUUUUCCUUUCUCUGUGUCCUGGGGUCGUCCACUUUUGCUGUAGGAGCCAUGUUAAAGGGGACAUCCUACAUGUUACCCAUCAUGUUACUGGGAAGACUGUUGUUUGGUUCAGGCAAUGGCUCUCUUACAAUUGUGCAGAACAGAAUUACAGCAUACUGGUUCAGAAACAAAGAGCUGGCUUUGGCAUUCGGAAUAACUCUGGCAUUUUCCAGACUGGGAAGUGUUUUGAAUUUCUUCCUUACGCAAAACUUCAAAGACAUUUAUGGUUUAUCAUGGACUUUAUGGGGAGGAGCCAUGUUGUGUGGAUUGGGUUUUGUUAGUGCAAUAGUUGUCAGUUUCUUGGACAAAAUGGGUGUCAGAGCCCUGGGGGAUGAAGACAAUCUAAAAUCACAGUCAAAGAAAUUGAAACUGACCGAUAUAAAGAACUUCUCCCUUUCCUACUGGUUGUUAGCCUUGUCUAUUAUGUUCUUCUACAAUGGAGUCUUCCCUUUUGUGGCUGAUGCCAGUAAGUUCAUUCAUAUGAAGUAUGGGAUGCAUAAAGAUGUUAGUGCCUAUAUCGCCGGGGCUGUCUAUGAUGUCUCUAUGAUUCUGUCUCCAUUUCUGGGAGGUAUCAUUGAUAUAAUAGGUAAGCGGGGUAUCCUGGCCCUCCUGUGUGCCUUGCUGACUAUCCCACUCUUUGGACUCCUGGCCUUCACCACGGUGUACCCCCUAGUCUGUACCAUCUGGCUGGGAAUCACAUACUCAUUUGCAGCUGCCAGUAUGUGGCCUUCUAUCCCCCUAGUCGUCUCCCAGGCUACCGUGGGGACUGCCAUGGGUCUCACUACCUCCAUACAGAUGAUUGGUAUCGGUGUGUCUAAUUUGGUGGUGGGACAAAUUCUUGGAAAGAAUGAAGGUUUAAAUGAUGAGGAGAUUCUACACAGAUGGAAGUAUGUAAUGAUAUUUUUGUUGGCCAAUUCUCUAGCUUGUGUAGCAGCUACUACCUUCCUCAACAUUACAGACAAAAAAAGGGGAGGAAUAUUAAACAUCAGCAGAAAACAACGACAGCAGCAAGUACAAGAAAAAUCUGUACCAGAGAGUGAAACAAAAUCAGACGAUGAAGAGGAGCCAUUGUUAGGACGACAGCAGCACAGGAUCAAUUAGUGAUCUGGGUCAUGUAUCAUCUUAACUUCUAGUCACAGACAUAUAGUGAAAAUAAGCGUUUCUUGGAAUGAGAUUAUAAAACAUGUUGUUGUCAAAAAGAAUUAAAAAAGAAGUUAAUAUUUGAUUUUUUGAUAAAGGAAGAAGGUUCAUUUGCUAUGUGAUUAAAAAUAAAGAAAAAAAUGUUAACUGCACUGCAAAUGCACCUCAUCAGAAUUUUUUAAAAAAAUUUUUGGCUGAUCAAAUACAAUAUAAACAAUAUUGUUAUGUUUUAGGUUUUUAAAAAAAAAUAUUUUAUUGUCCUUGACACUUACUGUAUAGAGGGAGGGGGGGUUAAAUAAAGAUGACUGUGGAAGUGCAAACAACUUUUAAAAACUAGAUGCAAAAGUUUUUGUUUUACAUUUUACAUGUAACUUGGUAAAGAAAAUGUAUGACAUAAACUACACACAAUUUGUAAAGUUUCUGGUUUUACUUAUAUAAGUAUUGUAUGAUAUUUUUUUCACACUCUUUGGAAACAUUGAAAAUCUUGUCUCAUCUCUAACACUUCACUUUUCUGUGAAAAGGUUAUCAUAUAAAAAGUGCCAAAAUAAUGGAAUUGUUAUUAAUGUAUGCAAGUUUGAAUUUUCUGCUUCUUAUAUUUUUGGGGGAUAGGGUGGGGAAGUGGAGUAGCAAGAUAUAUUUUUAUUAAAAAGUAAUUUUAUUUGCUUUGAAACGGUAAAGUAUUUGCUACAUGUAAUUCCAUACAAUAUUGGAAAGGUUGUACUAAAUGAUGAAUAAAGCAUAU